AUGAUCGCCGCGGCUUUCCUGGUCCUGCUGAGACCCUACAGCAUCCAAUGCGCCCUCUUCCUCUUGUUGCUUCUGCUCGGCACCAUCGCCACCAUCGUCUUCUUCUGCUGCUGGCACCGCAAGCUCCAGAAGGGGAGGCAUCCGAUGAGAUCGGUCUUUUCGGGGCGUCCCAGGAGCAGAGAUGCUGUUUUGAGAUCUCACCACUUUCGUUCUGAGGGAUUCAGAGCAAGCCCCCGGCACAUUCGGAGGCGAGCUGCAGCGGCCGCGGCCGCCCGCCUGGAGGAAGCCAAGCCCGUGCUGGAGGCUGCCCACCAGAGUGAGCAGGACAGCUCGGCCAGGAAGCGGAGGAUCAAGAAGAACAGCCGCGUCCAGCCGGAGUUCUACCACUCCGUCCAAGGCGCAGCCACCAGAAGGCCUAGUUCCGGGAACGCAUCUUACCGCUGCUCGAUGUCUUCCUCUGCGGAUUUUUCCGAUGAGGAUGAUUUCAGCCAGAAAUCUGGCUCCGCAUCUCCAGCUCCUGGGGACACGUUACCCUGGAAUUUGCCUAAACAUGAGAGAUCGAAGAGGAAGAUCCAAGGGGGUUCGGUGCUGGACCCCGCCGAGCGGGCCGUGCUUAGGAUAGCAGAUGAACGGGACAAAGUACAAAAGAAAACGUUUACAAAAUGGAUAAAUCAGCAUCUCAUGAAGGUUCGAAAACACGUGAAUGAUCUCUAUGAAGACUUAAGAGAUGGACACAACUUGAUCUCUCUUUUAGAGGUUCUUUCAGGAGACACCCUGCCCAGAGAAAAAGGUCGGAUGCGUUUUCACAGACUACAGAAUGUACAAAUUGCACUUGAUUAUUUGAAAAGACGCCAGGUGAAAUUAGUGAAUAUUAGAAAUGAUGACAUAACAGAUGGAAAUCCCAAGUUGACAUUGGGAUUAAUAUGGACAAUAAUUUUGCACUUUCAGAUAUCUGAUAUCCAUGUUACUGGAGAGUCAGAGGAUAUGUCUGCAAAAGAGAGGUUGCUGCUCUGGACACAGCAGGCAACGGAGGGUUAUGCUGGCAUACGUUGCGAAAAUUUCACCACCUGCUGGAGAGAUGGAAAACUGUUCAAUGCCAUCAUUCAUAAAUACAGGCCGGACCUGAUAGACAUGAACACUGUUGCUGUUCAAAGCAACCUUGCAAAUUUAGAGCACGCUUUUUAUGUAGCAGAAAAAAUUGGCGUCAACAGACUCCUGGAUCCUGAAGACGUUGAUGUUUCCUCUCCUGAUGAGAAAUCAGUAAUAACGUAUGUGUCGUCUCUCUAUGAUGCAUUUCCCAAAGUCCCUGAAGGCGGUGAAGGCAUCGGUGCAAAUGAUGUUGAAGUCAAAUGGAUUGAAUACCAGAAUAUGGUGAACUACCUCAUCCAGUGGAUUCGACACCAUGUGACCACAAUGUCUGAGAGAGCAUUUCCCAAUAAUCCGGUAGAACUGAAGGCACUUUACAAUCAGUAUUUACAGUUUAAAGAAACAGAAAUUCCUCCAAAGGAGACAGAAAAAUCAAAAAUCAAACGCCUAUAUAAAUUAUUAGAGAUUUGGAUAGAAUUUGGACGCAUCAAACUCCUUCAAGGUUAUCAUCCAAAUGACAUAGAGAAAGAGUGGGGGAAGCUCAUCAUUGCCAUGCUCGAGAGGGAGAAGGCGCUUCGUCCGGAAGUGGAAAGGUUGGAAAUGUUGCAGCAGAUUGCCCACCGAGUUCAAAGGGACAGUGUCAUCUGUGCAGACAAAUUGACACUUGCUCGGAAUGCUCUUCAGGCUGAUGCUAAAAGGUUAGAAUCGGGGGUGCAGUUUCAGAAUGAAGCAGAAAUUGCCGGCUAUAUACUUGAAUGUGAGAACCUCUUACGCCAGCAUGUAAUCGAUGUGCAGAUACUGAUUGAUGGAAAAUAUUACCAUGCAGAUCAGUUGGUGCAGAGGGUAGCAAAACUGCGCGAUGAAAUUAUGGCCUUAAGGAAUGAAUGUUCCUCAGUGUACAGCAAAGGACGCAUGCUGACGACAGAACAGACGAAGCUCAUGAUAUCAGGAAUCACUCAAAGUUUAAACUCAGGAUUUGCACAGACCUUAAACCCCAGUCUGAACUCAGGGCUGACCCAGAGUUUAACGCCUUCCCUCACCCCUUCUAGUGUGAAAUCUGGCCUGUCAUCAGGUCUGACUUCUCGCCUGACUCCAUCCCUCACUCCAGUUUACACACCUGGUUUCCCAACAGGAUUAGUUCCCAAUUUCAAUUCAGGAGUAGACACAAAUGCAUUGCAAACCCUGAAGUUGAUGCAGAUCCGAAAGCCCCUUCUAAAGUCUUCUUUGCUGGAUCAGAACUUAACGGAAGAGGAAAUCAACAUGAAAUUUGUUCAGGAUCUUUUGAAUUGGGUUGAUGAGAUGCAGGGCCAGCUGGACCGCACUGAAUGGGGAUCAGAUUUGCCAAGUGUUGAAAGCCAUUUAGAAAACCAUAAAAAUGUCCACCGAGCUAUUGAAGAAUUUGAAUGUAGCCUUAAAGAAGCUAAAAUCAGUGAGAUCCAAAUGACGGCGCCUCUUAAGUUAACUUACGCAGAGAAGUUGCACAGGUUAGAGAGUCUGUACGCAAAACUCUUGAAUACAUCCAGGAAUCAGGAACGGCACCUUGAUACGCUCCACAAUUUUAUAACUCGGGCCACGAAUGAGCUUAUUUGGUUGAAUGAAAAAGAAGAGGAGGAAGUUGCUUAUGACUGGAGUGAAAGAAAUACCCACAUAGCCCGAAAAAAAGAUUACCAUGCUGAAUUAAUGAGAGAACUGGAGCAAAAGGAAGAAAAUAUUAAGUCAGUUCAGGAGGUAGCAGAGCAGCUGCUUCUGGAAAAUCACCCAGCCCGAUUAACUAUUGAGGCUUACCGAGCCGCAAUGCAGACACAGUGGAACUGGAUCCUGCAGCUCUGCCAGUGUGUGGAGCAGCACAUAAAGGAGAACACCGCCUAUUUCGAGUUUUUCAAUGACGCCAAAGAAGCUACUGAUCACUUGAGGAAUCUGAAAGAUGCCAUUCAGCGGAAGUACAGCUGUGACAGGUCCAGCAGCAUUCACAAGCUGGAAGACCUUGUUCAGGAAUCAAUGGAGGAGAAAGAAGAGCUCUUGCAGUAUAAAAGCACAGUGGCAAGCCUGGUGGGGAGAGCAAAAACAAUAAUUCAGCUGAAGCCAAGGAACCCUGACUGUCCACUCAAAACCUCUAUUCCAAUCAGAGCCAUCUGUGACUACAGACAAAUCGAGAUAACCAUUUACAAAGAUGAUGAAUGUGUUCUGGCAAACAACUCUCAUCGCGCCAAAUGGAAGGUCAUCAGCCCCACGGGGAAUGAGGCCAUGGUCCCCUCUGUGUGCUUCUCAGUCCCUCCACCAAACAAAGAAGCGGUUGACUUUGCAAACAGAAUUGAACAACAGUACCAGAAUGUCCUAACCCUUUGGCAUGAGACUCACAUAAACAUGAAGAGUGUAGUAUCCUGGCACUAUCUCAUCAACGAAAUUGAUAAAAUCCGAGCUAGCAAUGUGGCUUCAAUAAAGACAAUGUUACCUGGUGAACAUCAGCAAGUACUGAGUAAUCUACAGUCUCGUUUUGAAGAUUUUCUGGAAGAUAGCCAGGAAUCCCAGAUAUUUUCAGGCCCAGAUAUCACACAGCUGGAAAAGGAGGUGAAUGUGUGUAAGCAGUAUUAUCAAGAACUUCUGAAAUCUGCAGAAAGAGAGGAGCAAGAAGAAUCAGUUUAUAAUCUCUACAUCUCUGAAGUGAGAAACAUUAGACUUCGGUUAGAGAACUGUGAAGAUCGGUUGAUCAGACAGAUCCGAACUCCACUGGAAAGAGACGAUUUGCAUGAAAGUGUGUUCAGAAUCACAGAGCAGGAGAAACUCAAGAAAGAGCUGGAGCGUCUGAAAGAUGAUUUGGGAACAAUCACAAAUAAAUGUGAAGACUUUUUCAGUCAGGCAGCAGCCUCUCCAUCAGUCCCUACCUUACGCUCUGAGCUCAGUGUGGUCCUUCAGAACAUGAACCAAGUCUACUCUAUGUCUUCCACCUACAUAGAGAAGUUGAAAACAGUUAAUUUUGUGAUAAAAUACACGCAAGAUGCAGAAGCCCUUGUAAAGCUGUAUGAGACAAAACUGUGUGAAGAAGAAGCAGUAACAGCAGACAAGAAUAAUAUCGAGAAUCUAAUAAGUACUUUAAAGCAAUGGAGGGCUGAAGUAGAUGAGAAGAGAGAGGUAUUCCACUCAUUGGAGGAUGAGCUGCAGAAGGCUAAAGCGAUCAGUGAUGAAAUGUUUAAGACAUACAAAGAACGGGACCUUGAUUUUGACUGGCACAAAGAAAAGGCCGAUCAGUUAGCCGAAAGGUGGCAAAAUGUUCAUGUUCAGAUUGACAACAGGUUACGGGACUUAGAAGGCAUUGGCAAAUCACUGAAGUACUACAGAGAUACCUAUCACCCUUUAGAUGACUGGAUCCAACAGGUUGAAAUUACUCAGAGAAAGAUUCAGGAAAAUCAGCCUGAAAAUAGUAAAACCUUAGCCACACAGCUGAAUCAACAGAAGAUGCUGGUGUCAGAGAUAGAAAUGAAACAGAGCAAAAUGGAUGAAUGUCAAAAAUAUGCAGAACAGUACUCAACUACAGUGAAGGACUACGAAUUACAAACAAUGACCUACCGGGCCAUGGUAGAUUCACAACAAAAGUCUCCAGUGAAACGCCGAAGAAUGCAGAGCUCCGCAGAUCUCAUCAUCCAAGAGUUCAUGGACCUACGGACACGAUAUACUGCUCUGCUCACCCUCAUGACACAAUAUAUUAAAUUUGCUGGUGAUUCAUUGAAGAGGCUGGAAGAGGAAGAGAAGUCACUGGAAGAAGAAAAAAAAGAGCAUGUUGAAAAAGCCAAAGAAUUACAGAAAUGGGUGUCAAAUAUCAGCAAGACCUUGAGAGAUGGAGAGAAGGCUGGGAAAUCUCCCUUCUCUAAGCAAAAGAUUUCCAGUGAAGAAAUAUUAACCAAGAAGGAACAAUUAUCGGAGGCACUUCAAACCAUGCAGCUGUUUUUGGCUAAACAUGGAGACAAAUUGACAGAUGAAGAAAGAAGUGAACUGGAAAAACAAAUGAAAACUCUCCAAGAAAGUUAUAAUUUAUUCUUUAGUGGAUCUCUGAAAGAACUACAAGAAUUACAAACCACAGGAGAUGUAAAGGUAGAGGAGAAGAUCGUGGCAGAGCGCCAGCAGGAGUACAGAGAGAAACUCCAAGGGAUAUGUGAUCUCCUUACUCAGACUGAAAACCGCCUGAUUGGGCACCAGGAAGCCUUCGUGAUUGGCGACGGCACGGUUGAGUUAAAGAAAUACCAGUCCAAGCAAGAGGAUUUACAGAAAGAUAUGCAAGGAAGUGCACAGGCAUUGGCAGAAAUAGUGAAAAACACAGAGAACUUCCUGAAAGAGAAUGGUGAAAAGCUGUCACGAGAAGAUCAGGCUUUGAUUGAAGAGAAACUUAAGGAAGCUAAGAUAAAGUGUGAACAACUCAAUUUAAAGGCGGAGCAGUCGAAAAAGGAGCUGGAGAAAGCUGUGAUGACAGCAAUCAAGGAAGAGACAGAAAAGGUUGCAGCUGUGAAGCAGCUGGAAGAGAGCAAAACCAAAAUAGAAAACCUUUUGGACUGGUUGUCACAUGUUGACAAAGACUCAGAAAGGGCGGGGAUAAAACAGAAACCGGUGAUUGAACAGAACGGGACUCACUUCCAAGACGGUGACAGCAAGUCGGAGAUUGGAGAAGAGGACGAAGUGAAUGGUAACCUGUUGGAAACUGAGAUGGAUGGGCCAGUUGGAACCACUGAGGAGAAUCUGAACCAGCAAUACCAGAAAGUUAAGGCCCAACACGAGAAGAUCAUCUCUCAGCAGCAAGCCGUCCUCCUGGCCACUCAGUCUGCACAAGCCCUGCUGGAGACGCAGGGUCACUAUCUCUCUCCCGAGGACAAAGAGAAACUGCAGAAGAACAUGAAGGAACUGAAAGCGCACUACGAAACUGCACUGGCCGAGUCGGAGAAGAAAAUGAAGUUAACGCAUUCUCUGCAAGAGGAACUGGAGAAGUUCGACGCGGAUUAUGGAGAGUUUGAGCACUGGCUGCAGCAGUCGGAGCAAGAGCUGGAAAACCUGCAGGCGGGGGCAGAUGACUUCAGUGGCUUAAUGGCCAAACUGAAGCGGCAGAAGAGCUUCUCAGAAGAUGUUAUUUCUCACAAAGGCGACUUGAGGUACAUCACAAUUUCUGGAAACAGGGUGUUGGAAGCAGCCAAGUCUUACAGCAAAAGAGAUGGCAAGGCCGACCAACAUAAUACUGACACUUCUGCUGCUCACAGAGAAGUCCAGAGCAAAUUGGAUCGUGCCACGGACCGGUUCAGGUCUCUCUACUCUAAGUGCAGUGUCCUUGGGAAUAAUCUUAAAGACCUGGUGGAUAAGUAUCAACACUAUGAAGAUGCUUCAUGUGGACUUCUUUCCGAGCUCCAAGCCUUCGAGGUCACAGCCAGCAAACACUUGUCUGAACCCAUUGCUGUGGACCCUAAAAAUCUGCAAAGGCAGUUAGAAGAGACUAAGGCUCUGCAAGGACAGAUAUCAAGCCAGCAGGUGGCUGUAGAGAAACUGAAGAAAACAGCCGAAGUGCUUUUAGAUGCCAGGGGAUCUCUAGUCCCAGCCAAGAAUGACAUCCAGAAGACCCUGGAUGACAUUGUUGGGAGAUAUGACGAUCUGUCCAAGUGUGUGAACGAGCGGAAUGAAAAGCUCCAGAUAACCCUGACCCGCUCGCUGAGCGUGCAGGACGGCCUGGACGAGAUGCUGGACUGGAUGGCAGGUGUGGAGAGUUCUCUGAAGGAACAAGGCCAAGUGCCCUUGAACUCUGCUGCCCUUCAGGAUGUCAUCAGCAAGCACAUUAUGUUGGAACAGGACAUCUCGAGUCGCCAGAGCAGCAUGAAUGCCAUGAACGAGAAAGUGAAGAAAUUCAUGGAAACAACAGACCCAUCUACUGCAUCCUCGCUGCAAGCCAAAAUGAAGGAAUUGUCUGUUCGGUUUUCAGAAGCAAGUCGUACACACAAGGAGAAACUGGCCAGCAUGGAGGAACUGAAAACCAAAGUAGAACGGUUUGAGAGCCUCUCAGAAAAGCUUCAGACAUUUUUGGAGACAAAAACUCGGGCUCUCACGGAGGCAGAUGUGCCAGGAAAAGAUGUUACAGAACUGUCUCAGUAUAUGCAGGAAUCAACUUCUGAAUUCUUAGAACACAAAAAAGAUCUUGAAGUUUUGCAGAGUCUCUUAAAGGAGAUAUCCAACCAUGGCUUACCAGGUGAUAAGGCCCUGGUGUUUGAAAAAACAAAUAAUUUGUCAAAGAAAUUCAAAGAAAUGGAGGAUACCAUCAAAGAAAAAAAAGAAGCUGUGUCUUCUUGUCAAGGACAGAUGGAUGCCUUCCAAGUCCUUGUUCAGUCAUUAAAAUCCUGGAUCAAAGAAACAACCGAAAGAGUUCCCGUCGUGCAGCCUUCCUUUGGUGCAGAGGAUUUAGAAAAAUCUUUGGAAGAAACUAAGAAAUUACAAGAGAAGUGGAGUUUGAAAGCACCAGAGAUUCAGAAAGUGAGCGACAGUGGGAUUUCACUAUGUAACCUCAUAAGCGCCGUGACCACGCCUGCAAAGGCAAUAGCAGCAGUUAAAUCAGGUGGAGUUAUAUUAAAUGGUGAAGGGACAGCCACUGAUACUCAGGAAAUUUUGGCAAAUAAAGAAUUAACAUCUAUUAAAAAAGACAUGACUGACAUAAGCCACAGUUAUGAAGAUCUUGGCCUCCUACUUAAGGACAAAAUAGCCGAACUGAGUACUAAAAUCACCAAAUUGCAGAAGGCUCAGGAAGAAUCAAGUGCAAUGAUGCAGUGGUUACAAAAGAUGAACAAAACUGCAGCAAAAUGGCAUCAGGCACCUACACCUACAGAUACUGAAGCCGUGAAGACCCAAGUUGAGCAGAAUAAGUCAUUUGAGGCAGAACUGAAACAGAAUGUAAACAAGGUGCAGGAGUUGAAAGACAAAUUGACAGAGCUGCUGGAGGAGAACCCAGACACUCCUGAGGCCUCCAAAUGGAAACAGACGUUGACAGAAAUAGACUCUAAGUGGCAAGAACUCAAUCAAUUGACAGUUGAUAGACAACAAAAACUGGAAGAAUCCUCUAACAAUCUAACGCAGUUCCAGACCGGAGAGGCUCAGUUAAAACAGUGGCUUGUGGAAAAAGAACUGAUGAUCAGUGUUCUUGGGCCCUUGUCCAUUGACCCAAAUAUGCUGAACACACAAAAGCAGCAGGUGCAGAUUCUGCUGCAAGAGUUUGAUACCAGGAAACCUCAGUACGAGCAGCUCACGGCAGCCGGCCAGGGCAUCCUGAGCCGACCUGGUGAACACCCUGCUUUCCAUGGGAUCGUGAGAGAGCAGUUGGCGGCUGUGACCCAGAAAUGGGACAGCCUCACAGGACAGUUGAGUGACAGAUGUGACUGGAUCGACCAAGCCAUUGUCAAAAGCACCCAGUAUCAAAGCCUGCUGAGAAGCCUUUCUGAUAAACUGGGGGAUUUGGACGACAAACUCAGCAGCAGUGUGGCCGUGAGCACGCACCCUGACGCUAUGAGCCAGCAGUUGGAAACAGCCCAGAAAAUGAAGCGGGAAAUAGAGCAGGAGGCGAAGCAGAUACAAGCAGCCCAGGCCCUCUGUGAGGAGCUGUCAGCGCUGGUUAAAGAGGAGUACCUGAAGGCAGAACUCAGUAGGCAGCUAGAAGGCAUCGUGAAGUCAUUCAAGGAUAUUGAGCAGAGAGCAGAGAAUCAUGUCCAGCACCUGCAGUUGGCCUGUGCCAGCUCUCAUCAGUUUCAGCAGAUGUCUAGAGAGUUUCAGGCGUGGCUGGAUACAAAGAAGGCGGAACUAAACAAGUCUCAGCCAAUAUCAGCUAAACUCAACGUCUUGGAGUCCUUAAUGAAAGAUCAGGAAGACUUUAAUAAAACGUUGACUACUCAGUCUAGUAUUUAUGAAAAAGCCAUUGCGGAAGGCGAGAAGCUGUUAUUAGAAACACAAGGGUCUGAGAAGGCAGCCUUACAGUCACAAUUGAACACAAUUAAAACCCAUUGGGAUGGAUUUAAUAAGCAGGUGAAAGAAAGAGAAGACAAGGUAAAAGAUUGCUUGGGGAAAGCCCUCAAGCAUAAAGAACACGUGGAGACUCUCCGGCCCUGGAUAGACAAAUGUCAAAGCAACCUGGAGGAGAUCAAGUUUUACCUGGAUCCUGCUGAAACAGAGAAGUCUAUUGCCAAGCUAAAGUCUCUGCAGAAGGAGAUGGACCAACACUUCGGGAUGGUGGAAUUGCUGAACAACGCAGCUAACAGCUUGCUCAGUGUCUGCGAGACAGACAAAGAGGUGGUAACAGAUGAGAACAAAUCACUGAACCAGAAGGUAGUCAUGGUCACUGAACAACUUCACACUAAGAAAUUCUCUCUGGAGAACAUGGCCCAGAAGUUUAAAGAAUUUCAAGAAGUGUCCAAAGAAGCGAAGAGGCAGCUCCAGUGUGCAAAGGAGCAGCUGGAGGUCCAUGAUUCUCUGGGACCCCAGGCUUACAGUAGCAAAUACCUGACCAUGCUGCAGACUCAGCAGAAAUCACUCCAGGCCUUGAAGCAACAGGUAGAUUUGGCCAAAGGCCUUGCACGGGACCUUGUGGCAGAGGCCUCCGACUCAAAGGGCGCCUCUGAUGUUUUAUUACAGGCAGAAACCGUAGCUCAAGAGCAUAAUGUCCUAAGUCAGCAGGUUGAUGAGAAGUGUUCCUUCUUAGAAACCAAGCUUCAGGGCAUUGGACAUUUCCAGAAUACCAUCCGGGAAAUGUUUUCCCAGUUUGCAGAGUUUGAUGAUGAACUGGACAGCAUGGCCCCCGUGGGGAGAGAUGUAGACACAUUACAAAAGCAGAAGGAGGCUAUUACGGCCUUCCUAGAGAAACUAGAAGCCCUCAUAGCUAGCAACGACAAUGCCAACAAGACCUGCAAGCUAAUGCUGGCCACGGAGGAAACCUCUCCUGACCUUGUGGGCAUCAAAAGGGACUUGGAGGCUCUGAGCAAACAGUGCAAGAAGUUGCUGGACCGAGCACAAGCCAGAGAAGAGCAGGUGGAAGGGACAAUUGAGCGUCUGGGCGAUUUCUACAGCAAAUUGAAGGAAUUCUCUACUCUGCUUCAGAAGGCUGAAGAACAUGAGGAGUCUCAAGGCCCCGUCGCUAUGGAAACAGAGACCAUCAACCAGCAGCUUAAUGUGUUCAAGGUAUUCCAAAAAGAAGAGAUUGAACCCUUGCAGGUUAAACAGCAAGAUGUCAACUGGUUGGGCCAGGGCCUUAUUCAGAGUGCUGCGAACAGCACCAGCACCCAAGCUUUGGAGCAGGAUCUGGAUGAUGUCAAUGCCAGGUGGAAGACUCUCAAUAAAAAGGUGGCUCAGCGAGCAGCCCAGCUGCAGGAGGCCCUGCUGCACUGCGGGAGGUUCCAGGAUGCCCUGGAGUCCCUGCUCAGCUGGAUGGUGGACACCGAGGAGCUUGUGGCCAAUCAGAAGCCACCAUCGGCUGAGUUCAAAGUGGUGAAGGCCCAGAUACAAGAGCAAAAGCUUCUCCAAAGAUUGUUGGAUGACCGCAAAUCUACUGUAGAGGUAAUCAAACGAGAAGGAGAAAAAAUUGCUGCCACAGCAGAACCUGCAGAUAAAGUAAAAAUUUUGAAACAACUGACUCUCUUGGAUAGUAGAUGGGAGGCAUUGCUUAAUAAAGCUGAAACAAGGAAUCGUCAGUUGGAAGGUAUCUCAGUGGUAGCACAGCAAUUCCAUGAAACCUUAGAACCGCUGAACGAGUGGCUCACAACCAUCGAGAAGAGGCUGGCGAACUGUGAGCCCGUAGGAACCCAAGCGUCCAAACUUGAGGAACAGAUUGCACAGCACAAAGCCUUAGAAGAUGACAUCAUCAAUCACAGUAAACAUUUACACCAGGCUAUUAGCAUUGGCCAGUCCUUAAAGGUUCUGAGCUCCAGAGAGGAUAAAGAUACGGUGCAGAAUAAAUUAGACUCCUCUCAAGUGUGGUACAUUGAGAUUCAAGAGAAGAGUCACAGCAGGUCUGAGCUGCUCCAGCAGGCCUUGUGUAAUGCUAAGAUUUUUGGGGAAGAUGAAGUGGAGCUGAUGAAUUGGCUGAAUGAAGUACAUGACAAGCUGAGCAAGCUCUCAGUCCAGGAUUACAGCACUGAGGGUCUGUGGGAGCAGCAAUCUGAACUUCGGGUUCUGCAAGAGGACAUACUACUCAGAAAACAAAAUGUAGACCAGGCAUUGCUAAAUGGUUUAGAACUACUUAAACACACAACAGGUGAUGAAGUUUUAAUAAUUCAAGAUAAAUUGGAAGCCAUUAAAGCAAGGUACAAAGACAUUACCAAAUUGAGCGCGGAUGUAGCCAAGACUCUGGAGCAGGCCCUGCAGCUUGCAAGCCGGCUGCACUGCACACACGAGGAGCUCUGCACCUGGCUGGACAGAGUGGAGGUGGAACUGCUUUCCUACGAGACUCAGGCUCUGAAGGGAGAAGCUGCAAGCCGAGCGCAAGCCCGACACAAAGAGCUGAAAAAGGAAGCCAAGAGCUGCAAAGCCUUAUUGGAUUCCCUUAAUGAAGUGAGCAGUGCCUUACUGGAACUGGUGCCCUGGAGGGCGAGGGAGGGGCUUGAAAAAAUGGUGGCGGAGGACAAUGAGCGCUACCGAUUAGUGAGCGACACCAUCACCCAGAAGGUGGAGGAGAUCGAUGCCGCCAUUCUGAGAACACAGCAGUUUGACCAAGCGGCUGAUGCUGAGAUAUCCUGGAUUACUGAAACAGAAAAGAAAUUGAUGUCUCUGGGUGACAUCAGGCUUGAGCAAGACCAGACGGCCGCUCAGCUGCAGGUUCAAAAGACAUUCACCAUGGAAAUUUUGAGACACAAGGAUAUUAUUGACGAACUUGUUAAAUCUGGACAUAAAAUCAUGCCCACGUGCAGUGAAGAAGAAAAGCAAUCAAUGAAGAAAAAACUGGACAAGAUAUUGAAGAACUAUGACUCCAUCUGCCAGAUAAACUCAGAGAGAUACCUACAGCUGGAACGGGCACAGUCCCUGGUUAACCAGUUCUGGGAAACAUAUGAAGAACUUUGGCCAUGGCUGACAGAAACACAAAGAAUCAUCUCUCAGCUCCCUGCCCCAGCCCUUGAGUAUGAAACUCUAAGACAACAACAGGAAGAACAUCGGCAACUGCGAGAGUUGAUAGCCGAACACAAACCUCAUAUAGAUAAGAUGAACAAAACUGGGCCACAGCUAUUGGAACUGAGCCCAGAGGAAGGCUUUUCUAUCCAAGAGAAGUAUGUGGCAGCUGACAGCCUUUACAGUCAAAUUAAAGAAGAUGUCAAAAAGCGAGCCGUGGCCCUGGAUGAAGCCAUUUCUCAGUCCACUCAGUUCCAUGACAAGAUAGACCAGAUUCUUGAGAGCCUGGACCGCAUUGUGGAGCGCUUGAGGCAGCCGCCCUCCAUCUCUGCUGAGGUGGAGAAGAUCAAGGAGCAGAUCAGUGAAAACAAGAACGUGUCGGUGGACAUGGAGAAGCUGCAGCCAUUGUAUGAGACUCUGAAACAGCGGGGAGAGGAAAUGAUUGCUCGGUCUGGGGGCACUGAUAAAGACAUAUCUGCCAGAGCUGUUCAGGAUAAGCUUGACCAAAUGGUUUUCAUUUGGGAGAACAUCCACACGCUGGUGGAAGAGAGGGAAGCCAAACUGCUGGAUGUAAUGGAAUUGGCAGAAAAGUUCUGGUGUGAUCACAUGUCCUUGGUCGUGACCACAAAAGAUACCCAGGAUUUCAUCCGGGACCUGGAAGAUCCUGGAAUUGAUCCCUCCGUAGUAAAACAGCAGCAAGAAGCAGCAGAGGCCAUCAGGGAAGAAAUAGACGGACUCCAGGAAGAGCUGGAUAUAGUGAUUAACCUGGGCUCCGAACUCAUCACUGCAUGUGGGGAACCCGAUAAACCCAUUGUCAAGAAGAGUAUAGAUGAGUUAAAUUCAGCAUGGGAUUCUCUCAAUAAAGCUUGGAAGGACCGGGUGGACAGACUGGAGGAGGCGAUGCAGGCUGCCGUUCACUACCAGGAUGGACUGCAGGCAAUAUUCGACUGGGUAGAUAUUGCAGGUGGAAAAUUAGCUGCAAUGUCUCCAAUUGGAACAGAUCUUGAAACUGUCAAGCAGCAGAUUGAAGAGCUGAAGCAAUUUAAAUCAGAGGCCUAUCAACAACAGAUAGAGAUGGAAAGACUGAACCAUCAAGCAGAGCUUUUGCUGAAGAAAGUAACAGAAGAAAGUGACAAACACACUGUUCAAGACCCAUUAAUGGAACUGAAGUUGAUAUGGGAUAGUCUGGAUGAGAGAAUCAUCAACAGACAGCACAAGCUGGAGGGUGCCCUGUUAGCCCUGGGGCAGUUCCAACAUGCUCUGGACGAACUCCUGGCGUGGCUGACUCACACCGAGGGCUUGCUAAAUGAACAGAAACCCGUGGGAGGAGACCCUAAGGCUAUUGAAAUCGAACUUGCCAAGCAUCACGUGCUCCAAAAUGAUGUGUUAGCUCAUCAGUCCACAGUGGAAGCUGUUAAUAAAGCAGGAAAUGAUCUACUUGAAUCAAGUGCAGGAGAAGAAGCAAGCAGCCUUCAGAACAAGCUAGAGGUUUUAAACCAACGCUGGAAAAAUGUUUUGGAAAAAACAGAGCAACGGAAGCAGCAGCUGGAUGGUGCCUUGCGCCAGGCCAAAGGGUUCCAUGGCGAAAUUGAGGAUUUGCAGCAGUGGCUGACCGACACGGAGCGCCAUCUGUUAGCGUCCAAACCCCUGGGAGGUUUACCAGAGACGGCCAGGGAGCAGCUGAAUGCCCACAUGGAAAUCUGUGCCGCCUUUGAUGUGAAAGAAGAGACAUUUAAGAAUCUGAUGCAGAAAGGCCAACAGCUGCUUGCAAGAUGCCCCGAAUCUGCAGAGACAAAUAUUGACCAAGACAUAAAUAACUUGAAAGAAAAAUGGGAAUCAGUGGAAACCAAACUCAAUGAAAGGAAAACUAAACUGGAAGAAGCCCUCAACUUGGCAAUGGAGUUCCACAAUUCUCUCCAAGACUUCAUCAACUGGCUCACCCAGGCCGAACAGACCCUAAACGUUGCUUCUCGGCCAAGUCUUAUCUUGGACACAGUCUUGUUUCAAAUCGAUGAACACAAGGUCUUCGCCAAUGAGGUAAAUUCUCACCGUGAGCAGAUAAUAGAGCUGGAUAAAACUGGAACCCACCUGAAGUAUUUUAGCCAGAAACAAGAUGUUGUCCUCAUUAAGAAUCUGCUUAUCAGUGUCCAGAGCCGAUGGGAAAAAGUGGUUCAACGGUUAGUAGAAAGAGGAAGAUCCUUGGAUGAAGCAAGGAAGAGGGCCAAGCAGUUCCAUGAAGCUUGGACUAAACUUAUGGAGUGGCUAGAGGAGUCAGAAAAGUCUUUGGAUUCUGAACUGGAAAUUGCCAACGAUCCAGACAAACUAAAGACACAACUCUCGCAGCAUAAGGAGUUUCAGAAAUCCCUUGGAGCCAAGCAUUCUGUGUACGACACCACCAACAGAACUGGGCGUUCUCUGAAGGAGAAAACCUCCCUGGCUGAUGACAACCUGAAACUGGAUGACAUGCUGAGUGAGCUCCGAGACAAGUGGGACACUAUCUGUGGAAAGUCUGUGGAAAGACAAAACAAAUUGGAGGAAGCGCUAUUAUUUUCCGGACAAUUCACAGAUGCCCUGCAGGCCCUCAUUGAUUGGUUAUACAGAGUGGAGCCCCAGCUGGCAGAAGACCAGCCUGUCCAUGGAGACAUUGAUUUAGUGAUGAAUCUGAUCGAUAAUCACAAGGCCUUCCAAAAGGAGCUGGGGAAGAGAACCAGCAGCGUGCAGGCCCUGAAGCGCUCGGCCCGGGAGCUCAUCGAAGGCAGCCGGGACGACUCCUCCUGGGUCCGGGUCCAGAUGCAGGAACUGAGCACACGCUGGGAGACCGUGUGUGCACUGUCUGUGUCGAAGCAAACACGGUUAGAAGCAGCUCUGCGCCAGGCGGAGGAAUUCCACUCGGUGGUGCACGCCCUGCUGGAGUGGCUGGCCGAGGCGGAGCAAACCCUUCGUUUCCAUGGCGUCUUGCCGGAGGACGAGGAUGCUCUUCGGACCCUCAUUGAUCAGCAUAAAGAAUUCAUGAAGAAACUGGAGGAAAAACGAGCUGCCCUCAAUAAAGCGACCAGUAUGGGGGACGCCGUCCUGGCCCUCUGCCACCCCGACUCCAUCACCACCAUCAAGCACUGGAUAACCAUCAUCCGGGCCAGGUUUGAGGAGGUGUUGGCCUGGGCAAAGCAACAUCAGCAGAGACUAGCAAGUGCCCUGGCUGGGCUCAUUGCCAAACAGGAGCUGCUGGAAGCUUUGCUGACUUGGCUGCAGUGGGCUGAAACCACGCUGAGUGACAAGGACAAAGAGCCCAUCCCCCAGGAAAUCGAAGAAGUGAAGGCCCUCAUUGCAGAACACCAGACCUUCAUGGAGGAAAUGACCAGGAAGCAGCCUGAUGUGGAUAAAGUUACCAAGACCUACAAGAGGAGAGCGGCGGAUCCUUCCUCGUUGCAGUCCCACAUCCCCGUCUUGGAUAAGGGACGAACAGGAAGAAAACGCUUCCCAGCCUCCAACUUAUACCCCUCUGGGUCACAGACACAAAUUGAAACCAAGAAUCCCAGGGUCAACUUACUGGUGAGCAAAUGGCAGCAGGUCUGGCUCCUGGCGUUGGAAAGGAGGAGGAAGCUCAAUGACGCCUUGGACAGACUGGAGGAGCUGAGGGAAUUUGCCAACUUUGAUUUUGAUAUCUGGCGCAAAAAAUACAUGCGAUGGAUGAACCACAAGAAAUCUCGGGUGAUGGACUUCUUCAGGAGAAUUGAUAAAGACCAGGACGGGAAAAUAACCCGACAAGAAUUUAUUGAUGGCAUUCUUUCCUCAAAGUUCCCCACCAGCCGCCUGGAGAUGAGCGCAGUUGCGGACAUCUUCGACAGAGACGGCGAUGGCUACAUCGACUACUAUGAAUUUGUAGCCGCCCUUCACCCAAAUAAGGAUGCAUAUAAACCUGUCACCGAUGCUGACAAGAUCGAAGAUGAGGUGACGAGGCAGGUAGCUAAGUGUAAAUGUGCAAAACGAUUUCAAGUUGAACAGAUUGGAGACAACAAAUACAGGUUCUUCCUGGGAAAUCAGUUUGGAGACUCCCAGCAACUGCGACUGGUCCGCAUCCUGCGAAGUACCGUGAUGGUUCGAGUCGGAGGGGGAUGGAUGGCGCUUGAUGAGUUCUUGGUGAAAAACGACCCUUGCAGGGCCAAAGGAAGGACGAACAUGGAACUUCGGGAGAAGUUCAUUUUAGCAGAUGGUGCCAGUCAGGGUAUGGCUGCUUUCCGACCCCGCGGCCGAAGAUCACGGCCUUCAUCGCGUGGAGCUUCACCCAACCGAUCGACAUCUGUGUCCAGCCCGGCUGGCCAGGCGGCCUCCCCGCAGGUCCAUGCCACCAGCACGCCCAAGAUCCUCCAUCCUUUAACACGCAAUUAUGGUAAACCAUGGUUGACAAACAGCAAAAUGUCAACUCCUUGUAAGCCAGCAGAGUGCUCAGACUUUUCCGUGCCAUCUGCAGAGGGAACACCGAUACAAGGAAGCAAGCUUCGACUUCCAGGAUAUUUAUCAGGGAAAGGCUUCCACUCGGGGGACGACAGUGGCUUGAUCACAACUGCAGCUACCAGAGUCCGAACACAGUUUGCUGAUCCCAAGAAGACUCCCAGCCGACCAGGAAGCAGAGCGGGAAGCAAGGCUGGCAGCAGGGCCAGCAGCCGCCGGGGCAGUGAUGCGUCAGACUUUGACAUUUCCGAAAUCCAGUCCGUGUGCUCCGACGUGGAGACUGCUCCCCAAACAUACAGACCUUCACCCCGAGCAAGCUCUCGGCCGUCCACAGCCAAGCCUUCUAAAAUCCCCACCCCCCAGAGGAAGUCACCGGCCGGCAAAUUGGACAAAUCCUCGAAAAGAUAG